UAGCCUAGAAUUCUGACACGUGGCAAGUUAGGGCUCUUAUUUUGACGACACAUCGGAUGACACGCGUCUCAUUAUUGGCGAAGCUCUCCUUCGUCCUUCUAGUACCCGUUCUUUCUCCCCCGACUCCUUCGCGCAGAAAGAAGUAAACAUCCUGGAAAUCUUCAUGCUGAAAAGGAAACAAAUCUUCUCGCUGCCUUGAGUUCUCGCUGCCAUGGGUCACGGAUGGAAAGAAAUCACAGAAUGUCAUGUACGGAACGCGUCUCCUGUUAAAUCCUGAAAUAGAAGAGGUUGUUGCAUUCAGACAAAGGAUUGUUGGUGUGCCAACGAACCGUCGACCUCUUGAGUUGCCCUGUGAUGACGUGACAGUUGUGCAGCAAAAUGAAUUUUUGGAUGCCACACGAAUGACGACAAUCUCUUUGCUGAAGGAUGGUAGUGAGGAUGGUACCUAUAUAGUGUACGCCACUGUUGUUUCUGUGAACAAUACUGGGGAUUGGUUUUAUUUGGCUUGCAAGUGUAAUAGGGCUGUGAGAGCUGAUGUGGAUGAGGACUUUCUUAAGCUUACUAAGGCUGCAACAAUAGAGACAUUGAUAGAUUGUAUUGAGGACGGUGAAUAUGCAGCAUACGGUACAAUCAAGGAUGUUGAUUCUGAUUGGUUUAUAACAGUGUGUAGGUGUGGGUCCGAAGUGGUCCCACGCGGUGGAUCCUACUAUUGUAAUGAGUGUAUCAAAUCAAGACAAGAGUUGUUGACACCACGGACAGUGCUACUUUCGUAGUACUUGAAAGCGUUGCAUGCUUGCUGCUCCAUAAAUCAUGUUCGGAGAUGUUGAAAUAUUCUGAGAAUCUGCCGAGUGGAGACAUAAAACCCGAUGUCUUUA